AUGCCGCUCCAAGAACUAGUAAUAGCGAGAUCUGGCAGGGAGAGAGAGGGGGAAUUUCGACAUGCCGAGCCUGCUAAGAUUUUCUGCAACGACUGGCCUGCAUACGGUCGAACAGAGACGCCCCAACCUACUAGCGCCACGGCUCAACACGGCGCUAUCACCGCCGCGCAAUGCGGUGCCAGUACUGUUACUGGACUCGCCACGAAGCGCUCGCCCCGACCGCCGCGCCGUCGCGAGAUUCGUCAGCCUCCGCUAACGCCGAAGGCUCGCACUCUCGCGUGGGGAAUGCGGUCGCCGGCUGCGGCGGAAGCAGAUCCCGCCGACGACUCCGCUCCUCCGCCACUCCGCUUGACAUCCUCCCCCGUCUCCUCCGCCUUCCCCGCCUGUUCCGCCUUCCCCGCUUCCCCCAAGCUGCUCGUAUUGCCGGAUUCCGCCUUCUUUCCUUCCCCGCGCAUCCCCGAAGCGCGUUUUACCUCCCCCCGGACAAGCACGCCCGCGCCUUUCGAGCCGCCUCAAAACACUGCCUCGCGGCCUCCGGCCUUUCGUUCCGCGGCCUCUCCGCGGGCGUGUUGCACUGUCUUCGAGGCGCCUCAAAAGUGUGGCACCGCGCCAACCACUCCAUCGUGUCCGCCUCUCGUCGAGCCGCGACUGCCCCGAGCGCGCACGUGUGACGUUGCAGCAGAUAGCGGCGGAGGAGCGCCCGCCGUCUCCGCGGGCGCGUCCGCCAUCCGCGGAACAUUAUCCGCUUCGGGUUACUCCCCCGCCGCCGUUUCCCCCGCAUCUUCAUGCCCAACGAUUGGCGCCGUUGACCAAGUCAACGGCCACGUGUCGACAUGCGAAUGGGCUGAAUCUGCCGACAUGGACACGUUGGACAUACCGCCGUGGUUGCGAGAAAAGCUCUCUCUUUCCCGCACGGAAGAGGUGCAGAAUAAUGAGUCGGCCGGACUCACAAGAGUUAGUCGAAUAGACCGCGAAGCGAUGGCGGACGGCAACAAGCGAGCGGGACGCGUCGAGUGCGGAGGCGAGUGCGGCAAGGUGUGCGGCGGCGAGUGCGCGGAGAAUCGAAGCCGCGAGAGGGACGCGGAAGGCGAGAAGCCGAGCCUGUGGGACAUCAUGCAAUGGGAAUCCGAUAUGAUCUCGUCCGUCUGCUCGACUGCCGCUGCUAAAUCUCCCCGACCGCCGUUCUCUAAGAGUUCAACAUUUGAGGCGCCGCAAAGGUCGCUCUCUAAGCGGCACCGCUCCGCGUCUGCUCUCCCCACCACUCCGCCUCCCACCCCGUCCGCGUCUAAAGCGUCGCUGACGGUCCAGAUCUGCGACGACGCGAGCGCCAACGGCGGAGAUUUAUCGUUUUUCGAGGAGCUGCUGCUGGAGUUCGGUGCGGGCGAGGGGGAAGAAGCGGGCGGAGAGAUGGAGGACGAACCGGGAUGGGCGGAAAAAAAUCGCAUUCCGGCGGAAGAAACAGCUCACUUCGAGAAGGUUGCGCCUGUUGUGUCGCAGCUAGACGACAGCUGGGGUGAUUAUUCGGUGAAAAUGGAAGAUACGGGGAAAGCUGACGACGAGGAGGGGUUAAUGAUCGACGGGGAGAGCAUGUUUGAGCGGAUUCAAGUAAUGGGGGACGAGGGGGCGGAGAUGGGGGACGAAGCGACGGGGAUGGCGGAGGAUGGAGUGGAGAUGGCGGAUGAGGGCGCGGGGAUGGCGGAUGAGGGCGCGGGGAUGGCGGAUGAGGGCGCGGGGAUGGCGGACGAGGCGGAGAUUCCAUCCAAUAAACUAUCGCAUGAUCAGCCUGCUGCUGCUCGGAAUAUGUUGAGCAGUGUUCAGCUGCAGCGGAAACAGGGGGAAGUGGGGGAGGCAGAUGGGGAGCAGCAGAACGCGCCGCAGUGUGGUUCACCGUUCCGUUCCGCGCAUGGUUCUCCGAGUGCCCCUGCUGGCGGAUUCGCGCAGAUGUGGUCAGAAGCUUGGGCGGACGACGCGGACGCGGAAAUACCAGGGCUGGCGGGGAGCUGCGUGUUCCGACCAUGA